AUGUCUGAGCUCCGUGGAGAUGCAGAGAUGGUUUCGACAGGUCAAGAGAUGGAAUAUCCUCUAGCACUAGCCCCUCGACAAGUCGUUCUUCGCGACCGGGUGACGGUGGCAACAUUGAUGCCAUUCGCUUCGGGAGACGAUGUGCCCGCAUCCCUACUCAAGUAUCUCUCUGACCAAUUCAACAAGGAGAUUGCAAAGGGUGACACAUAUGCCAUCGCGGAAUCGAUUCCCUUGGCGCGGUUCAGCCGCUACUGGUUCUCCGAUUUCGGUGUGGUAAUGCUACUCGGUGAUAUCAAGAAUGUACAGCAGACCCACUCUAUGGACAAAAGUGGUGCCAACUGGGGCAAGAUAUGCCUGGGUGGCUUUCACAUUCGUCCUAACUACCCCGGCCACAGUAGCCAUGUUUGCAAUGGUACUUUUAUUGUUACAGACGCAGCCAGAAACAAAGGUGUAGGUAAGUUGAUGGGUGAAGGUUAUCUGGAGUGGGCGCCUCAAUUGGGCUACACAUAUGCAGUAUUCAACUUGGUCUACGAAAGCAAUGUUGCCUCAUGUCGUCUAUGGGAUUCUCUUGGCUUCAAGCGCAUUGGCAGAAUUCCCGGUGGAGGAAGGCUCAAGGGGGAGUAUGUGGAUGCGAUUAUCUACGGUCGAGGUCUGAGUCUAGACUGCGAGGAUCUUGCGUCACAAGAUCGAUUUGACAAGAUCCGGUAUUAUCUCAAACAUCUCAAGUAUCCCCAGGGCGCAGAUCGCGCUGAGAAGAGUCGGCUGCGUAGCGCUGCCACCCACUACAAGCUCAUUCCAAGCGAAAACGGGGAUCAUGAGAAGCUGAUGCUCAAGGACAAGGAAGUCAUAUCGGACCCACAGCAACAGUAUGAUAUUGCAAAGGACAACCAUCUCCUCCUACAUGCUGGCAUUAACAAAACAACCGCUGCCAUUGCGACCAAAUACCACUGGGUUCGCAUUAAGGAAACGGUCAACCGAGUGAUUCGUGAUUGCCCGCAAUGCAAGGAGACUCUCAAAGCGCCACCUGUUCCAGGAAGCCAAGAGGAGGACGAUUCACCCGUGGAUACAUCGGACCUGCCAGACGACAGCAUGGAUCAGGGCGAGGACCACAUGGUUGUCUCACAAGAAUCUGACGAAGAAACAAAUGACCCCCGUACUCAAAAUUCUUUCAUCAACUCAGCAGUACCAGGAAACGUCCCUGCUCAUGUACCUGGAACGGUGCAUCAUAUGACAAACUACGCCCCGAUGCCCCCCCUUGAUCCCCAGAUCAUGCAUUUCCAACAACAGCAGCAACAGCUGCGACGUUACCAACAACAACACGCCAUGCCCAAUGUCUUCCCCCCGGGCCCCAACAUGGGCCUCACGAAUUUUGACGAUGCGAUGCGCUACCACACGGCCAAUAAUGCAUACCAAAUGAUGGUUGACGACGGUUCCGAUUCCUUUCGACAGGAGGUAUUGGGACUUAUGAAUACAACUCCACAUGACCAACUGCAACACGACGCGGAGUUGCUGUCCAAAUUCGAUUAUGGCAGCCCUUCGGAAACAAAUGACUAUUACAACUGA